AUGACUGAAGAAAAAGAAGUACCGACUGAAAGUAAUGGGCAAGAAAACAAUCAGAGCGAGGGAAGUGAAGAGAUUACAGAACUUGAAAAUGCUAUAAUUCGUCAAGUGGAAUAUUACUUUGGUGAUUCAAAUUUGCCAAGAGAUAAAUUUCUUCGAGAUCAAGUACUGCUUGAUGAUGGAUGGAUACCCUUAGAUAUACUCCUAAAGUUCAAUCGUCUGGCUAAGCUGUCGGAGGAUCAUGACAUUAUUGUUAAUGCCCUUGGUAAAUCAAGAUCCGGCCUGUUGGAGAUGACAACAAAAAAAGUCCGUAGAAACCCUGAAUUGCCAGUGCCAGAGAUGAAUGAGGAACGAAGAAAGGAAUUGACUGCUCGCACCGUCUAUGCCAAGGGAUUUCCAAAAGAUGCUCUUCUGGAUGAUAUACUAAAAUUCCUAAAACAAUUUGAAGAAGUUGAGAAUGUUAUCAUGAGAAAAUAUCAAGACAGGCAGACUAAAAAUAAGAUUUUCAAAGGAUCUAUUUUCAUUACCUUCAAGACUAAAGAGCAUGCUACUAAAUUAAUUGAGACUAAGGGCUUAAAGUAUAAUGACACAGAGUUAUUAAUACUUUGGCAAGAUAAUUAUUUAAAGCAGAAACAAGAAGAGUAUGCUGCUCAUAAGGAAAAGAAACAGAAAAAAACACAAAAAGGCGAGGAGAAGGGUGAAAAGGAUGAUUUCAAACUACCCACUGGCACAGUAUUGUUCUUUAAUGAGGGUAGUGACAACCUCACUCGAGAGAAAAUAAAGGAUGCACUGACGUCACUAGGUGGUGAAGUAGCAUAUAUUGAUUUUAACCAAGGCGACACACAAGGUUGGGUGCGAUUCAGCAAAGAAAAUGCAGCAAAGGAGCUCUCCGAAAAAUUCACAGAUGGAAAAGUCAAAAUAGAUGAGAAAGAAAUCCCAUUCAAGUUGCUUGAAGGUGAUGAAGAAACGGCAUAUUUAGAAAAAACUGUUGAAGAAAUGGCCAAACGUCGUAAAAACAUGAAAAACUUUAAGAAUAGAGGAAAUAACAGGGGAAAGAACUUUAGAGGAAAGGGUAGGAAACGGAGGCAAGAGGACUACGGUGGCGGCCCUCCGUCUAAAGUUAAAGCUGAUAGUUAA